AUGCCCAAUGCCUUGAGUAUCAAUUCUAGUUCUUCUAACUUUCUGCUUACAGGUUUUCCUGGCCUGGAGUGGGCCCACCACUGGAUCUCUAUCCCUGUCUUCUCUGUAUACCUGACUGCCAUACUUGGCAAUGCCAUAAUACUUCACAUUGUUCGCACUGAUCCCUCUCUUCACCAACCAAUGUAUUACUUCCUGGCCAUGCUGGCAAGUACAGACUUGGGCUUGUGUGUAUCUACCAUGCCCACAGUGCUGGGGGUUCUGUGGCUUGACUUCCGUGGCAUCCACCUCUAUGCCUGCGUCCUCCAACUCUAUGUUGUGCACUCAUUCUCUUUCAUGGAAUCAGCCAUGCUCUUUGCCAUGGCUUAUGACCGCUUUAUUGCCAUCACCAACCCACUUAGGUAUCCCACCAUACUCACCAGCUCUCGGAUAGUGAAGAUCACAGUAGUGCUAGGCUUCCGUAGCACCAUGCUUAUCAUACCUCCAGUCCUACGGCUUCUAGGGUUCUCCUACUGCCGCCAUAACCUCCUCUCCCACUCUUACUGUUUGCACCAGGACAUGAUCCGCCUCUCAUGCUCUAAUACACGAUUCAACAGUUUCUAUGCCUUGACUGUUAUACUUCUUUCCAUGGGGUCAGACUUCCUCUUCAUCUUGCUCUCCUAUGUCAUGAUCUUCCACUCUGUUUUGGCCAUUGCUUCACGGAGGGAGCAGCUCAAGGCUCUUAACACAUGUGUGUCCCACAUCCUGGCUGUUCUGUGCUUCUAUGUCCCAGUGCUGGGCCUGUCCAUCGUGCACCGGUUUGCUAGGCACUCCUCACCCAUCAUCCCCAUUGUGAUGGGCAAUGUGUAUGUCCUCUUCCCACCUCUCAUGAAUCCAGUCAUCUAUAGUAUCAAGACCCAACAGAUCCGUAGGGCUAUUGUGAGAGUCAUCUCUCUGGGACAAGCCAGAUAA